GGAAAAUCCGAAUCCUAAACGUCAUCAUGUCAUAUUUUACAUAAACAAAAUUUCAGUGAUAAAAAUAUAAACCAUAAAGUUGAUUAUCAACAAUCAGUAUUCUUAUAGCUUUCAAACGGAGAUAUCAUUUAAUUCGUUCAAUUCAAGCACUCGCCGCGUGGAACAGCUUUCACAAGCUUUUUUCAGCAAGUUUGGCACAUUUGGUGUAUAUUAUGGCAAGUGGAAAAAAAAAUAAUACAUUCAAAUAAGAUGGAAAACACCUACGCAGACGUUGAAUUAGAUUUUCUCGAACCAACUAAUACAACAUGGUCCACAAAGAGCACGGAUAAUAUUGCAAAUAGGGAUUUGGUUCAAUCUAUGUAUGAUGUGUUGCUUCAGAAUAAAGAAAUAAGGGUAAUACCGACUACUCCAGCAUCAUACAACGAUGUGCAAGUCUUACCAAGCUUCCAAUAUGAUGCUCCAACUGUGGGUGAAUUGAACCAAUAUGUUAUCACACUGUUGACAUCCCAGCUACAACUUGCCAAAGAAGUAUGUUCUUCCACUCAAUUUGCUGCGAUUUUGAAGCAACGGCUGCUGAUUUUAAAAAGAAUCUAUCAUGCAUUGCUAGUGAGAUAUCAUGACAAUGACAACCCGGAGACACAACCUCCAGAAGCUACUUCUAGCUACACAAGUCUACCUGCGGUGCCCAGAGAUGUUGCGACAGGGUCGCAAGCCCUUUUGGAAGUUGGGGUCAAAACUGGGCUAUGUUUUUUGUUUUCUUUGCUGCAGCAGAAUUGGCAAGUUAGUGGAAUAUUGGGGAUACCAUCCUUGUGUAACUCGGUGUUGGAAACAACUAUUGAUUUGAUACAAAAAUUGCCACUUCUGUGUCUAGCAAAUGAUGCACAGUUAACUGAUUUAGGAAUAACUAGUUUAGAACAAGUCAGUGAAUUUCUGAAAAAUGCUGUUCUGCAUGAAACUGCAGCUGAUGAAAAAGGAAAGUUAUUGUGCUGUGAGAUAUUACUCAGCAUAGCUCUACAGAGAGGCUCAUUGAGAUAUCUGCUAGAAUGGAUGAGCAUGGCAUUGGAUGCAUCUUCUCAAAACAAAGUGCUCACAAGCAAACUGUUCAGAAGUGGGAUAAGUCAAAUUGAGGGCUUAAAACAGUGUCCAGGAACCAGUGAAUCCACGGAAAACGAAAAAGAUAUGAGCAUUUAUCAAGCGGCACUGUCCCUUAUGGAGGUACUAGCGUCAAUGGCCGCCGACUACACUGGGGGGUGCUCGUCUGACACAGACCUAGGCGCGUACGAAAAUAGCGAGGUGUACAUUUGGGGUAGCAACUCCUCUUACCAAUUGGCUGAAGGUAAUCAGGAGUUGAUACUCCUGCCUGUCAAGUCGAAGACGUUUCAUCAAGUGCAACAGAUGGAAGCGGGCCAAUACUGCACGUUCGCCGUCCACGCGGACGGUCACGUGACCGCCUGCGGCAAAGGCAGUUACGGUCGUCUCGGCCUCGGCGAAACGGCCAAUCAGAGCACGCCGAAGCGGAUCCCGUUGGAAAAGCCCGUUCGUCAAUUGUCCAGCUCGAAGGGCAGCGACGGGCACACUCUGGCUCUUACGGAGGACGGAUGGGUGUACAGUUGGGGCGACGGAGACUACGGGAAGCUAGGGCAUGGAAAUUGCGUAACGCACAAGACUCCAGAGAAGAUCCUGGUGCCGUUCGCUGCGAAGGUCGCUAAGUAUGUCCAUGCUGGAUACAGGCACAGUGCGGCCAUAACUGAGGAUGGCAAACUGUACACCUGGGGUGAAGGUGACCAUGGAAGAUUGGGCCACGGGGAUAACAAUGCCAGAUAUACACCGACAUUAGUUAUAGAUCUGACGGAUGUCGGUCACGUGGCCUGCGGUAGUUCGCAUACACUGGUCGUAUCAGCUGAUGGAAAAACUGUUUGGUCAUUCGGGUCUGGCGACAACGGAAAAUUGGGUCACGGCGAAAUCGCGAAAGUAUACCGACCGAAAGUGAUCGAAGCGCUGCAAGGAUUGCGGAUUCAGAAAGUAUGCGCAGGCACCUCUUUUUCCAUGGCUUUGACCACAAAUGGGCAGUUGUACACUUGGGGCAGCGGUCCGAUUUUGGGCGUCGGUUCAGCAGAUGCUGUCAGCAUGAAACCGAUAUUGGUAGAAGAGUUGGUUCCCUACAGGAUAGUGGAUGUAUCGGCGAGUGAUACUCACUGCCUGGCGCUUUCUGACGAACACCAAGUUUUCGCAUGGGGGAUCAACAGUAUGGGGCAAUGCGGACAGGGUCAUGCAUCUAGCACCAUAGCUCGACCGAUAAAGGUGGUAGGCCUGGACGGUAUUCCCAUCCGUCAAAUUAGCGGCGGGACAUCUCACUCGAUCGCGUGGACCACCCCACCUUUUGACAAUCACAACGUCACCAAGCAUCGACCUUUCUGCCUGGACCUGCACGAGAAGACCUUCGCCUAUUUGGAGACCUUCCUCUCCAAAUACGCAUCCAGCUUUGCCACCGAUCGCCUGCCAGCGCCCUUUGAAACUCCAGAAGACAGAUGCAAGUUUGUACUUCAUACUUUGAAGUUGCUCGCGACGCAUUUGAAUCUUUGCGCGACGGGGAACCACUCGGAGGUGCUCGCCAAGCAUGCGAAGCCCUUAAGGACCACCCUGUUUGCGUUGGUGAACAUGGUUACCCCUAAAGAGAUCCACGCAGCAGCAAAGGAAGUUCUGAACAUCGGAGCUCCUUUGCUUUUACCUCAACUGAGUGAACGUAUGGAGUUCUUAGAUACGCAUCUGACUCACUUGAAUAACGGAAAUCAACUUUCUGCUGGUCAAGAAAUGCUCCUAAGCAUUGUGAUGAAUAGCCUGGAGGAGCCCCUGCACGUCUCAGCGAUAUUGGGCUUCAGUAGGAAUUCAGAAAAAUUGGGUGUCAAGGAUUUGAAGUUGACAAGCACUUUACUGCACACGUUGCUGAAAUGUUACACCAAACACACUGAGGACGUCCUGGACAGCAUAGACGCCCACAUGUCCCUAGAAUCGAAAUCAAAAUGGCGCCAUCCUGAGAAUCAAAAUAUGUACGACCUCCAGAAACUGCUGUCCUCGCUGCAGAACCACAUGAUGGCAGCAUACACCGUCUGUCCUAAAAAUCGCCACCCGCACCCUGACAAUGAUCUCUUGGCCAAUCACCUGUCUGACGUGUUCACGUUCGCCGUCAAAGUGCUGAAGAGAGCGGCCAACAUCCUGGUGAUGCACCCCACCUGCUUGGAGCUCCUCUACAAUGUGUUGUUGGAGUCCGUAGCGGGUGCGAUGUUGUUUAAGAUCCUGCACUCGAUGUUGAUGAUGCGCAUGUCGUUCGUGAAGCAAGUGCAUCCACAUCUGCUCAAGUUGAUGGAACCGCUGGAUAGGUUUAACAGGUUGCUACCGCCGGAGUUGUUGUACGAGGGUGAUAAGGAUUCGUCGAAUUCUCUUUCAGGAAGCGAAACACCAACAUUAGAUCAACUAGAGGAACAAUCAUGGAUUUGGAUAGUUGAUAUGCAGAAAACCAGUUCAUUGGUUAUUGGUCAAUGCUUAAGCGGGAUACUUGUAGGUGAACCGCCCUCUUCCAUGGAGAAUCUGUGCUGCAAUUGGUUAACCAAUGAGAUUUUCUCGGCCGGCGUGGAGAAUGAAAAUAUUGAAAUGGUUAUCGACUGCAUGUAUCUUGCCACUUUCGCUAAGGCUCAAGAAGCUCUGUUUGUGAGACUAGAAAGUCUGCCUCCACCGGUCCAAAGCCUGUGCAAGCUAGCCUUCGAUUUACCACAGCAGUACGACGAAGCCUGUGCCUUAACCCAAGAGGACGCGGACAGCAGGAAUGCUUUCUACGAAGGCAUGAUGGAAAUGGUGGAAACGGAAAGCUGGGAGUUGGAAGAGGAUGCGAAGAAAUUAUUAGAUACGACCGUCAGAGUUUUCUUGGUGGCAUUGUUGAAACAGACAGGCCUGCUGCAUAAAACUCCGUCGCAUCCGACUAUCAAGGAGGUGUACAAGGCUGUGCUAAGUCUUAGGCGACGACUGAUAGGUGCGUUGUUUGACAGAAACAAUAAAGAAGAAGAGGAUCAAGAUUUGGAUGAAGAUAAGGAAACUGAUCAAGCAGACGAUCCUGAACCUGAUAGCCCGAAGGAUCGUGAUGUUGAUUUCGAAAUGCUUUGUCAUGGUGUUAUACAAAGGAGCCUCUUCGUUUUGAUACUCGUUAAAAGUGUAGAGGUGAACCUCGAAGGUUCUCAAAUAGUUCUAGAUGAAGAAUCAAGUUCUCAAAGGGCUUACGUAGAAUAUUAUCAGAAUUCUCGCGACGCAGUCGUGUUCAACGAUCUCAGAAGGAUUUGUAGUACUUAUAUGGGCUUCGUCCUAGACGAACCUUUAGAGAAAGUGCCAGUCGGUGGUAGUGAAUCGAGAGGCUGGUGUACUGAUCCGUACAUAUUUUAUAAGGCUCUUAUUUCGCAGAAAAAUAGAGCACUCAGCAGGUAUCAAAGCCUGGAUAAUUUGUUAUUCCACUUAGUGUCGAAAGAUGUUUCACCCACCGUUCUAAACUGCAUCCAGCAGCAACUGCUGGAAGGGUGUUUUGGCUUCUGCAACGUCAGGGGCGAAGAAUCGUGCACCCAACUGCACCAUUACCUGGAAGGAAUCCAGGCCUCUCCAGCCGAAAUACAGGAGAAGAUUAGAUGUGUCGUGCACGGCAUUUACGAAUUUUUAACUAGAAGUCUCAAGAAUCAAAUUCAGAACAAUACGGAGAAUAAGCACCUGCUUUUGGUGACGAUAUUUUCGCUGAGUACCAGGUACCAACCAAACGAUUUGUCAAUAGUGAUAAACAACGAUCUAGUCCAACUGUUGAUGCAACUGGUCGACAUCAACAGUAUCUCGGCGAGGCUGCUGAGCAAAUCGGAAAUACUCAACGCGGCCGCGCUCAGGCUGACGCACAUCCUGGCGAUAUCCUGUUGCGUCUACUCCAAAAAAGUAGAUUUGGCGACGUUGGAGAACGUCGUAAACAUUCUUCAUGAGCAAUUUUUGAAAGCGAUGGAGGCGUUCGGCGAAAGUUGCGAAGCGCUAUCUCGUACUAUGUAUUCGCCAAACGGAAACAGCGAAAGAAACCUAGGCGACUUCCUGGUGUUCUUGCGUAUCAUUUCAUCCAGCGACAUCAUCCAGAAACUGCUCGCCUCCAAAAAGUGGAUCUACGCCUUCCUGUCAAUCUUGGACACUAGCAACCUAUGCACGACCUAUACUUCACAGCUGAAGAUCCUUCGUCCGAAGCUGUUAGUGUUGCAGCUGUUCCAGGUCAUUCUGCCCAGUUUGCAGUCUGUCCAUAUUGACGAUGGCAUCAGGAGGCAUAUUGUGGAUAAGCUGUUGAACCAGAUCGGUAGGGAGAUGUGGAGCAUUUCCGAGUCCGGGAGAAAUUCGCCAGAAUCGCAAGAAAUGUCUGACGAAUGGUCGGACGGCAAGGGUAUGAAAGAUGGUGAAGGCAACGUUCCAGUGCACGAUACUGGAUUCGAUCCAGAUAAAUGCCAUAAUUGUUCCAUAGAGAGUAACCUCACCUUAGUUCACGGAGCUGGAGGUAGAGGUUACGGACUUGGUCUCCAGGCUAUUCGAUCAGGCUGUUAUCAAUGGAAAAUUUUGAUCGUCAAAGAAAAUCGAGGAAAUGAAGGCACAUGCAUCGGCGUAUCUAAGUAUCCAGUCAAAGAUUUCAGUCACAGGUCAACGAACGAUAUGUGGCUGUACCGAGCUUAUAGUGGUAGUCUUUAUCAUGGAGGAGAGCGAGAUACAUGCUUCCCGAGUUAUACGCAAGGUGAUUACAUCACGGUGGUACUAGAUAUGGAUGCAAAAACCUUAAGCUUCGACAAGAAUGGGGAGGAACCACGAGUAGCUUUUGAAAACAUCGAUGCACCUGAAUUGUACCCGUGCGUCAUGUUUUACAGCACCAAUCCAGGAGAAAAAGUGAAAAUCACGGAUAUGAAGGUACACGGAACCCAAAGAGAUCUUCUUCCCGGCGAGCCUAACUUAGCUCCGCUGUACGCCGUACUGACAGAAUCCUACAUAUCCUUACUACGAAGACUUCACACUUCGCCGACUUGGACCGAAGACGUAAACGAUGCGCUCAUGUGGAGGCUCACAAAGAUAGAGUCUCUGUUUCCUGUGAUAGACGAUGAGUUUGAAAAUGAGAAAAAAUGUGAUAUGAAGAUAGAUGAGUUGUGCGCGUCUGUUUGGCCCGCUUUGGUCGUUAUUGGAGGGCUUGAUAGAGGCUUGAGAAUGGGAGGCAUAUGUAGAUGUAAAAGCAACGACCAAAAGGCUAUCGUGCUCGGGAUUCUGAAGAAAGGUAUCACAACGGUUAACGUGCAAUGGGAGUCCGACAGGAGAAUAUCAGACGUCUCACUUUCAAGCUUGGAAUAUGUAGAACCGAUCCCAUUCGACAUGAGCAAGUUCAAGCUGGUGUCGUCUACCGUACUGCUACAUAUAACCAGACUAAGUGGUAUCACGAACGAGAUCUCCUUCCCGAGCUACGACCUGACCGAAGAGGAAGAAAGGCUGCUCAACCCUCACGCCAGCAACGCUCAAGAAUCUUUCGGCGAAAGUUUGCGCUGCAACUCCGAUUCUCAGCUUCACAAGCAGAAUACCGAGCGACCGAGAACUAUGGAAUCCUUGACCAACGAGAUGGUGUCCAAUAUCCUUGGGGCGGUGACCAGGUUGAGCGCCGAGAGGAUCACUGCGUCUCAGAGCGAGUCCACUAUCAAUGAAGGUGUUGAAGGUCCAGCAAGAGAUAGCAAGAAAGAUCUUGAGACCCGACUUCUAGAAUACAAACUCCUACACCUAGAAGACGAAAGUCUCAAACUAGCGUUCCUUCAAUUCGCGGCUCUGAAAGUGUUGGGCACCUUGGUGACGGCCUCUUCUUUCACGGAUCUCUUCGUCAACAGCCUGUCGAACAGCAACGUGAGCCACGAUCCAAGCAGCAGUAUGCGCGAAAUCAUGCGGGCAUUGGUCACGAAAAGCACUAGUCAGUGCAAGCUGCCUAAUAUAGUUAGUGCCGCUGAUAUGGAACGGGCUGAGACGGUUUUGCAUCUCAGUUAUACCAAGUGUAAAUCUUUGGAGGAUAGAAAGGUGUUGAAGGAGUCAGCUCAGCCGGAUCUACAAGCUAAUCCGUCGAACAGUUUUUCAAGCACGACUCUCCUGAACGAAGAAAGUGGGUGUUCGUCAUCUAGCAACGCUCCCAACGUGUCGCAUUUGCCUCACGCACCCAGGUCACACGCUUCGUCCAUGAGCGCACACGGUACAACAUUCAUUUCUCCCACUACAACAGUCGGUGGAGGACCAUCUCCUUUUUUGAGACCUCGCAGUAGAAGACUGUUUGACUCGGAAUCCGAAGAAAAUCUGAGAAGUGCCAGUGAUAGACGGUUACCAGCUUCACUUAUACCCGAUAUCGCUAAUCCAUUGCUAGAAAUGGGCUUUUCCCUCAGACAUAUACUGAAAGCCGUCAUUGGAACAAAACUCCGUGGUAGCGAAGUGACAAUUCAAAAGAUAAACAGCCUGGUGACUUGGAUGUUGGAACAUCCACGCACCGAUCAAUCAGAAGACGAACUAACAUCGGUAGACGCAACUGGCAUCAACCUGUUCCAGUCGCUUAUGGUUAGGCCGCAGCAAUUGGUGAGACCACAGAGCUUGGAUAGUACAGAGAUCGAACUGGUUCAACGAAGGGGAUGGUUGAGUCCGCGAAGAAGACAGAACAGAGAACUGAGAGUUUUCGUGGAGUGUGAACGACCGAUGCAUGACAGGAUCAGAGAGAGACAGCACGUAAGAGGCGAAGCACAUCCGUUAUUGAGGAACCCAUCAUGGGAAGAUUUCCUUAGCGAUUCUGCGACACCGCUUUCUAGCGAAACCGUCAGCAGGCAACAGCCUAGCGAGUCAUGCGUUAACCUGGAGUACUCUCGUUUUCUCUGUCCGUAUUGUGACCAAGUGACAACGUAUCUUCAUGCUCAUAUCGCUACCUCUCAUCCAGGAUGCGGCACGCUCUGGGAACCUGGGGUCUGCGGCUACUACACUAAGGGCAGUUACGUGCUAUGCAUUAAAUGCGAGAGCAAAUACAUGCGUCGUAACCAUUCGGACAACUAUUUGAGGUCCCAAGCGCCGGACAUCAUCUUCGACGAGGACAAUAUGACGGAAGCUGACGUGCAGGCGUUGCCUUUUGAAGUACCGGCCUGCGAUGACGUCGACGUCCUUGUGGACUAUCUGGGAAUGGAGGGGUUGCGCGUUAGUACCGUCUCCAUGGACAGGUACGAUCCGCUGGGUGGCAAUGCAGUUCCCAAAAUGGCUGAUCAGAAGGAGGAGCGGUCGGAUAUCAGGGCGACGUUCAUCGGUACUCAGGCUGCUGAAUUGAGUACUUCCAUUGAUAGGAUGUUGGCAUUGAAACAUCUCACCACCACCGUGCAUAUAUUGUUGUCGAGGACGAUUGUACUCAAGGUUCUUUCAUUGCUAUCAAUGAGCAGCGACUACGUAUCACUAGUGAACUGCCUCGAACUUAUCGGACUCUCUGACAUCACGAAGGUCGUCCGCCUAAUGACAUUAACCGCAAUGCGUCGCGUCGAAAUCAACAAUAUCAAAAUUCCCGAGCAACCCUCCGAGUUUCAGCUGCCGAAAGACGUGUUUCAAUUGGUCAGUCAUCUGUCAAGCUCCGUCAGUUCGUGUCUGAACUAUCUGAGCGUCAGCAUAGCAGCGUUGGCCUUGAAACAAACGAAGGCGUCCAAUCUGGUGGUGGACAUUUGUACUAAGGACUUGAUUUUGGCGGCGUUUGGCAAGGCUGUGCCGAAGACCGGAUUCGCCGUUACGCAGGCUUUGGUUAACAUUUUGUCGACACACGGAGGUGUGUCUCUAAUGGACCUACCUAAAGAGGAUUCGGACCUGACUGCCGUUCAAGAAAAUGACUCGUCUGGACCACUGACUCUGGUAAAUGCGCUGGCAGCAUUUAUUCUCUCUGAAAAGGUUGAUCAUAGCACAAAGCAGUGGGCUGCUCAACGUUUGUACAAAUCGCUGGCGACUAAGAUUCAAACCAUGACAGAUGCUUGUCCAGAUCAGAUCAACCUGGCAGACAUAUCGGCCUUCAUGCCUAAAGCUAAGAGAAUCCACCUAGCAGCCCAUGACAACAGGGUUUCGACAUUAGCUUGGCACAAGGAGGGUCGACUACUUGCAUCUUCAGGAUACGACGGAACGGUGAGGAUAUGGUCGAUAGAAGCAGGUAAAUCACCAGUUCUGGAUUCCACGUUGGUGUUUCAUAUUGCAACGGACGUUUUUGGUAGCGAACUGCAAGGCAAACUUAUCGGACAUUUGACAUGGUCACCAACAGGAGAGUUUCUUGCUGCUGCUUUAGACAACUUUAUCAAUAUAUGGCCGAUGAAGAAGUCGGACGAGGCUGAGAGCUAUAGCGAUUGGUUCAUUGAAGAUCAAAAACAGUUUAUAACAGCCUUGUGCUGGCCGAAGAGAAGAGGCGAAGAAACUAACGAUAAAAACUACCUCUUGACAGGAAAAAUUGAUGGGACUGUUUCAAUGAUAACUAUUUGUAGAGAGAACAAGCAAGUGGAACAUAUGACAAGUUUCAAUCUACCUCCAGCUGUGACGCACAUGGACUGGCAUCACGAAGACCAACCGUUCGCUAUCUCGUACCUCGACGGUACCUUGAAAUUGGGUUGGUUGAAUAAAACCACAAGCAUCACGGUGAAAGCCCAUGAAAACUCCAUUUCGGGCAUGCAGUGGGACCCUAGGGGUAUGCUGUUGGCCACAAUCUCUGUGGAUAUGACGUGCAAGAUUUGGCAGUUGAAUGAUGAUAAGUUGGCGUUAGUGAAGGUUAUGAUGCAGCCCUAUGAACCUGUCAGUUUGACGUGGUCGCCUGUGGUUGGGAAUAGUGAUACGCCGUUGCUGCUAGCUAUAGGCAGCAGUUAUGGUACCGUCAACGUAUGGCGACUUCCCAUCGAAGGACAUAUGCUUGAGAAAAACGCAGAGCUAAUGUUCUCUGCACAAGGACACUUUUACUGCAGCGUUACUAGUUUGACAAUUGACGGCACCGGUUUGAUGCUAGCUAGCGGAUCUUUGAAAGGUCCAAGUGGAGUAGUGAACAUUUGGUCACUUCAUGAUGCCUCUUUAGUGCACACCAUCAAAGGUUCAGGAGGAGUCAACUCAAAUGGCAUGGUUUGGUUGAACGUCAACGACGCGUUGGCUAUUCCUUUCUGCAGGACAAAGAGCAUCUGUCUGGCAGUGUAUGGGACAAAAGAUAUGGCUAGAGAUCUGCCGUUGGCGUCUGUUAGAUGUACUUUGUUGCGGAAAGGUAUGAAGGGAAGUAACCCAGUACCUUUCUUCAAAAUAUUUGCGUCCCUGUUACCAGAGAUCCUCUUAGAACAGCACGACUACGAACGUCUGUCCGUCCAAAUCGGAACUCACCUGAUGCACUCUAUCUACCUGAAGAGUUUAGCUUCAUUGGCUGUUCUUCUUGGCCUUGACAAGGUCAUCUGCUAUAAGCUACGGCCUUUCAAUGAUUUGCCUGAAGUGAUCCAGGACUAUCACUGGUUGCACGUGUUCAGCUCGGGAGCACGUAUGUCUGAUAGUUUGAUAAGGAGAACGGAUGUACAGGAAGACCUUAUCAGAGAAGUAAUCGAUGACGAUACAAAACCAUCAGAAGUACAGAAUGUUUGCUGGUCGAUCAAACAAGAUGAACAAAUCAUACAGUGGGCGGUACAUAGACCACAGGAUUGGCAGAUAGGCGGUACUUGCAAAGCAUACCUUUGGGGAUCUGACAGGCAUGGUCAAUUGGCUGAACUGGGGUACAGUGCUUCAGUACCAGCUGCAGUGGAAUCAUUCUCCGUAGCUAAAAAGAUCGUGUGUGGUCAGAACUGUACUUUCGUUAUACAAGCAGAUGGCACAGUAUUGGCGUGUGGUGAAGGUAGCUACGGAAGAUUGGGCCAAGGAAAUUCUGACGAUUUGCAUUCCCUGAGCAUCAUAUCAAGUUUGCAAGGUUUCGUCAUAGUCGACCUAGCUACCUCUGUUGGUUCAGAUGGGCACAGUUUGGCGUUAGCAGAAAGCGGCGAGGUGUUUUCGUGGGGCGACGGUGAUUAUGGCAAACUAGGCCAUGGCAACAGCGAUCGUCAACGAAGGCCUAGGCAAAUCGAGGCUUUGCAACUGGAACAAGUCGUACAAGUGGCUUGCGGGUUCAAGCAUAGUGCGGUGGUGACAGCGGACGGAAAGCUGUUCACUUUUGGCAAUGGAGAUUACGGAAGGCUGGGUCAUGGCUCUACAACAAAUAUCAAGCUACCAGAAAGGGUGUCAAGUCUGGACGGUCAAAAAAUCGGCCAAGUGGCAUGCGGCCUGAACCAUACGGCGUGCGUUUCCCAAGACGGGAUGAGCGUAUGGACGUUCGGCGAGGGCGACUACGGCAAGUUAGGCUUAGGUCACACCACCACCAAGUCGACACCGCAACUAGUCGAAACGAUGUGCAAUAUAGGAAUUAAGAAGGUCGGAUGUGGUAGUAAUCUGACGGUGUUUCUGACGGUCCGCGGCGAGGUGUACGUGUGCGGGGUGGACAGGGCUCCAUGGCAAACGCACACCAGGGAGCGGUCGGAUUAUAGGCCGCAUACGCUAGCAAGUUUGGCGAACUACGUAGUGGAAGAUUUCGCCGUAGGUACGGAACACGUACUAUUUCUAACAGCUUGCGGCAGUGUCUUCGGCUGGGGCAUGAACACCGAGGGUCAGCUAGGUUUAUCGCACGUAUCGCUAGUUAGAGAGCCAGAGUUGAUCACAGAGUUGCGUGGAGUUGGCGUCAGGCAGGUUUCGACUGGAAGGACGCAUAGCGCCGCGUGGACUGCUACCUCAUUGAGAAGAAGGCAUCCGGUGUACGACGCCGCCGGCUCGACCCACAAACUCUCCUUCUCUACUCCGAAAGACAUCCCGCCCCAAUUCGACCUCCUGCAAGGCUUGCCGACCGCGAAGAUCCGCGCGCGUCUCAAAUUUCUCUGCAGCGUCUCCGACCAACUGUAUUCCUGUUGGACAUUGAUGCCGAUGUGCGAGCAGCAAAAGGAUCUGCACGUGCCUCCCUUGGAGGGACUGAUCUCGCCCAGGUUGAGGCCGCUGUUGAUGCCCAGGGUGUACGUCUUUCCGUUCGUGAGAUGCAUCGGCAAGACGAUGGUGCAGGGGAAAAACUAUGGACCGCAGAUCGUUGUCAGGAGAAUCGCUCAGGAAGAAUUUUCUUCAGUAGGCGCGGUAAGCAAAAAUGGUGAAAUAUCAUGUGGCCCAGGGAGAAUUUUCAGAAAUUCGAACGUCUUUGUCGUGGGCACAAAUGCACUCCUAUCUUCGUCCAAAUCGCGAAGCAAGUAGUCGACCUCCCGUCCCAAGACCUCCGACUCCCCUCCAGAGCAUGGAAAGUGAAACUCGUAGGAGAGGGCGCGGACGACGCUGGAGGUGUCUUCGACGACACCAUCACCGAGAUGUGCCAAGAGAUCACAAAUGGGGUGGUACCGCUGUUGGUACCGACGCCGAACGCGCUCAACGAAGAAGGGUUCAACAGGGACAAGUACCUGCUUAAUCCGCAGUUGACGUCGCCUCAGCAUAUUUCGUGGUUCAAGUUUUUGGGUAUACUUUUUGGAGUAGCAAUUAGAACAAAAAAACCUCUAGCGCUUCCCUUGGCUCCGAUGAUAUGGAAACUGAUUGUCGGUGAGCCUGUCAAUGUAGAAGACUUGGAAGACGUGGACUGUAUGUACGUGCAGAGCUUGAGGAGUAUUCGAGACAUACACUUGUCCGGAGUCACAGCUGAAUACUUCCAUGAGAUUAUUCCUUUGGAAACGUUCGAGGGGACCAGCUGUACCGGCAAGACUGUUCCUAUAGUUCCUGGUGGUCGCAACAUACCACUAACUUUCGAAAACCGGGCGCAAUACUACGAGCUAGCGAUCAAAUUCCGGAUGAAGGAGUUCAACCUUCAAGUGGCAGCUAUAAAGGAAGGAAUGGCAGGUUUGAUACCUGUACCGCUGCUGUCACUUGUCACUGCUGAUCACAUGGAACAGUUGGUUUGCGGACUGGCGCAGAUUUCUAUAUCUGUUUUGAAGAAAAUUGUGAGGUAUCGCGAGCUUGACGAAAAUCACCAGUUAGUGCAGUGGUUGUGGGAUAUCUUAGAGAAUUUUACGGACACUGAAAAGGUACUCUUCAUGCGAUUUGUAUCAGGAAGAUCGAGGUUGCCCGCGAAUUUGGCGGAUCUUUCACAAAGGUUUCAGGUGAUGAAGGUAGACAAAGCGCCGAACGGCUUGCCAACAGCGCAGACGUGCUUUUUCCAAUUGCGUUUGCCUCCGUACACAAGCAAAGAAGUGAUGGCCGAGAAACUUCGAUAUUCGAUCAAUAAUUGUCGAUCUAUCGAUAUGGACAACUACAUGUUAGCCAGAAAUACCGAUCACGGGAAUUCAGACAAUGAGUGGAACUAAUGACAUGUUCUAUAAGGCUUAAUUUAAUUAUGGAUGUUAUACAGUUAUUGUAAUGUUUGAGAAGAGAAUUUUUAUUUAUUAAAUGAUUGUUUCUAAUA